AUGAAGGUCGCCGUCUUCAGCGCCAAGCCGUACGACAAGCGUUUCUUCGACGCCGCGCUCGAGGAGAAGAAGCAGCAGGCGUCGGCGUCUGCGACGACGGGCAACAUCGAGCUCAUCUACCAUGACUUUGCGCUGAGCGAGGACACGGUGUUCCUGGCGCAGGGGGCGGACGCGGUGUGCGUUUUCGUCAACGACGGCGUGCCGGCGGCGGUGGUGGAGGCGCUGGCCGACGAGGGCGUCAAGGCCAUCCUGCUGCGGUGCGCGGGCUUCAACAACGUGGCGCUCGACGUGGCGGAGCGGCGCGGGCUGCUCGUCGCCAACGUGCCGAGCUACUCGCCCGAGGCGGUGGCCGAGUUCGCCGUCGCGCUGAUCCAGACGCUGAACCGCAACACGCACCGCGCCUACAACCGCGUGCGCGAGGGCAACUUUGCGCUCGACGGCCUGCUGGGCCGCACGCUGCACGGCAAGACGGUGGGCAUCGUCGGCACGGGCAAGAUUGGCGUCGCGACGGGCCGCAUCCUCAAGGGCUUCGGGUGCCGCGUCCUGGCGGCGGACCCGUACCCGAGCCCGGCGUUUGCCGACGUGGGCGAGUACCGCACCCUCGACGAGCUGCUGCCCGAGUGUGACAUCGUGAGCCUGCACUGCCCGCUGAUGGACGCGACGCGGCACAUCAUCAACGAGGCGACGCUGGCCAAGAUGAAGCCACGCGCCAUCCUUGUCAACACGUCGCGCGGGGCGCUGCUCGACACGCGCGCCGUCAUCAAGGCCCUCAAGACGAAGCACCUCGGCGGCCUGGCCCUCGACGUGUACGAGGCCGAGGGCUCGCUCUUCUACGACGACCACUCGGGCGAGAUCAUCCAGGACGACGUGCUCAUGCGCCUCAUGACGUUCCCCAACGUCGUCGUCUGCGGCCACCAGGCCUUCUUCACCGAGGAGGCCCUCAAGGAGAUUGCCGAGUGCACGCUGCGCAACCUCGACGAGUAUGCCGAGAAGGGCACCUGCGCCAACUCGCUGACGGAUUCCAUCAAGAAGAAGGGCAAGGGCCCGUUGCCGGUUCGCAAUGUCUGA